AUGAAACGGGUAGCCAAAGGAUGGAGGCACGCUCUAUCCUUCAAUGGCGUCUAUUUUCGAUCAGGCAUGCUACUGGUUGACUGUAGGGACGAAGAGACCGCUACCCGGCUUACGGAGAUUGCUCCCAAGCUUGAAGGGUGGGACGGUCCAGUCCCAAACGAGGUAUUUCUUCCUAGAAACGCUGAUGAGCCUCUUGAAUUCGCCAUGGAGCUGAUAACGGCACAAAAUGAGGGCAUUAACACCUCAGCUUGGCGAAUCAUAGACAGCAAAAAUGAAGACUCCGGAAUAAGACUCUACGUCGGGAUAGACGACGUAUCUUACAAAAUACUCCGGAAGUCGGGCUUCCGUCUAAACUUUAGGUUUAGCGCUGUCCACAUGCGCCCUUGGCGGCCAAAGCCCGCGGAAGGUAAAGGAAAUGAAUGCGCCAAAGUGCAAGGUGGAGCGGAGACAAGUGUCAAAUCUGCCCCCCUUGAUUCCCGCCGUGCAGGUUUCCACUGCCGCUGUCAUGAACACCACGGAAGCUCUUCCCGAAGAGUCAGUUGUGGAGGCACCCUCUACUCAAGAGCUUUUGGAGGGGGUGGAGGAGCUAGUCGCUGCAGAUAGCAAGGCCAGCGACUCGGAGGCUAUGAUGGACUCCAGUUUAGAAGUUGCUCAGGUGAACCUGCAUCAUGCAAUGGCUGCAUCGGCGGUUCUCGCCAGCAGGUUCUUUAAAGACAAACUGAGCAUCAUCUCAGCCGAGGAACCCUGGGUUUUCAGAGGGGAGGUCAGAGGACGAAACACAGAUAACAAUAUGGUAAUCUGGGACUUAUCCAGUGACAGACCUAGAGCCUGUAUUGUUCUGAAAAAAUAUAUUGAUUUUUUUGCAUUUCAGAGUUUCUAACACAGGACUGUGGUGGCUGUACAAAUUGUGUCAGCCUACUUUCCAUGAGAUACCAUAGUUGUUCCCUCCUCAACGGUGGAGAAGUUACUGGACUACUUCAGGUUACACAAGCUUCCACUUAUCCUAGGAUGCGAUGCCAAUGCGCACCAUGUGGAAUGGGGCAGCUCAGACUGCAACCCAAGGGAGAUAUUUCAAACCUCAUACGGCGCGUUAAGGGUACGCAAACUUAUUGGUGUCACUUAUGGUAGCAGCGUACAACUUAGAACUUUCAAAGCGAUGGAAUAUGUGCUGCAAGCAAAUCCAGAAUUAUGGAUGCAAACGCUGCUACAUGGAACACAAAUCAUUUACACACCAGAUAUUAGGUUUAAUGUCACUUUUUUAUGUGCAAUUAAACCUUUUGAUCAACACAAGCACGGGAAGAAUUGGAACGAUAUUUUUUAGGUGAUUUUGUAAUCGUUUAUCAUCGCGACGUGUGUUAACUGGGUUUUGCCAAUGAGCUAGAGGGCGAAGCAGAUGCAGUAUUUUUGGAUUUACCGGCACCUCUGUUGGCCAUACCAGCAGCUGAAACAAAGAAAUCAGAGGGAGGACUUUUUUGAUUAAUUUUCACCUUGUAUUGAGGAAUCAUAACGUUGUUGUAUCGCUUUACGAGGACAUCUAUUCACAGAAAUUAGUACAAUGUGAAUACUACAGCAAGAGCACGGAUGUUAAAACUAGAACAUCAUGCCGUGCUAGAUUUAGAAUUCUUGAAAUAUAAGAUAAUUAUUAUCAUCAUUUAUGUUAUGAAAAUUAAAUAUUUACUUUAUAUUUUAUAGAAACCGUCCUCACAGAAAUUGGAUGAAUCUAGUACUAGUGAAAUAAAUGAAAGAACAGAUCCUACAAAAAUUCCAAAAGAAACCAAAAAGGCCUCACAUACUGCGCACAGCUUACACUUCCAGGCCACACCGGGUAGCCUUUGUCCAAAAAUUGUUCAACUAUUCAAUAUAUAUAUGAAAGUUUCUAUGCCAUUCUUAAGGGCGAAUUGACAAAAGUACCCGAAACUAUUGUGUACGUGUGAUCGUUCAUCCCUUUCUUGGACAUUACAUUGAUCAUUUAGCAAUUUAUAUACAGUUGAUCUCCUUUUUGCACGGUUAACUGGGACAGUAAAUUACUCGUGUAAAACAAAACCGUGCAAAAAAAAACCGUGUAAAAAGGAGAUCAACUGUAUACUUCUUGCACAAUUCUGUGAAUGAUCUUGGUACAAUCACGGAUGAAAGACCCAAACCAGCGAACGAAAACUCCACGUAAACUUUCAGUCCUGCGACCCACAAAACCCCAGAAACUAUAGCCGCUAUUUUCGGUUAGUUCUACCAAAAUCCCAAAUGAGAAUUUAAUAACAAAAUCAUUAACUAUAUUUCAUAUGUAUUGAAAAUAUCAUGCCAUUUAGGUGUUUAUUAUUAUAUUUACUUUCUACAUAUA